AUGUCAGAUCCCAUCCCAUCAGCAACAGCUGACCCAGACGCCGUCGAGCAACCUCUCCCUGCAAAUGCCGAAGACCGCAAAGCCGCCGCCGCCCUCUCCUCCCUCAACACAAAUGAAAUCAGCACGGAAACCGCCUCUGCUAAGGUGAACACUGCCAAUCAGGAGGCUCUGGGAAAGGCCAUGAGUCGUUUGGAGAUAGCGGAUGGACACGAUGCUGGCAAGAAGGGGACGGCACAGGCACGGAAGGUUGAUGGCGUUGUGAAGAAGCAGGUCGUUAAGGUUGCUGCGGCUGAUGUUGCGCUGUUGGUGGAUCAGCUGGAAUUGACUAAGACCAAGGCUACGGAGCUGUUGAGGGCUCAUGAUGGUGAUGCUGUGAAAGCCAUGACGGCGUUUAUUUCGCCUUGUGUUCGGACAUGA